UGUGACCUUCCUUUCUCUUUCUAAAACCACUACUCCUCUCUGAAUUUAUAUUUCACUUUCCUUAGAUCAGAAAUUGGCUUAUCCAUUACGAUGACGACGACGAAGUUGAUUCUUUUCUCUCUUCUCGUUUCUAUUCUAUGUUCUUCAUCAUCCGCGUUUCUUCGUAUUCCGCAGAACGGUAAUUUGCCGUCACUACACGCCAAGGCUUUGAUUCGGGGGCUCAAUCUGUCACCGUCGGAUUUAAAUUUCACAGCCAAUAGCCCCGGGUUUGCUGCUUCCGGUGGUCCAAGAAUCGUUGAGAAGCCGAUUAGGCUCGCCAAUUUCAUAAAUCCUUCCGUAUCGGUUGAAGAACUAGGGCAUUAUGCAGGUUAUUAUAAUAUUGAGCACUCGCAUGCUGCCAGGAUGUUUUACUUUUUCUUUGAAUCUCGCAAUAGCAAGAAGGAUGAUCCUGUUGUUAUUUGGUUGACUGGGGGUCCAGGAUGUAGCAGUGAGUUGGCCAUGUUCUAUGAAAAUGGGCCUUUUAGUAUUACAAACAAUAUGUCUCUGGAAUGGAAUGAAUAUGGCUGGGAUAAGGUAUCGAAUCUUCUCUAUGUUGAUCAACCCAUUGGAACCGGCUUUAGUUAUAGCACUGAUAAGCGUGAUACCAGACACAAUGAGAAAGGCGUUGGUGAUGAUUUGUAUGAUUUCUUGCAGGCUUUCUUUAAGGAGCAUCCUGAACUUGUGAAUAAUGACUUCUACAUAACUGGUGAAUCAUAUGCUGGACACUAUAUACCUGCUUUUGCUGCCCGUGUCCAUCAAGGAAACAAAGCCAAAGAAGGGAUCCACAUAAACUUGAAGGGAUUUGCAAUUGGCAAUGGGCUUACAGAUCCUGAAAUCCAAUAUCCAGCAUAUACAGACUAUGCACUCGACAUGGGCAUUAUUCAGAAAUCUGAUUAUAACCGUAUUAAGAAAGUGAUUCCAGUAUGCGAGAUGGCGAUAAAGCUUUGUGGUACUGAAGGAACAGUAUCAUGCCUUGCUUCAUAUUAUGUUUGCAAUACAAUAUUCAGUAGCAUCAUGAAUAUUGCCGGUAAUAUUAAUUACUAUGACGUGAGAAAGAAGUGUGAAGGAAGUCUCUGCUAUGACUUUUCAAAUUUGGAAAAGUUCAUGAACCUGGAUUCAGUUAGGGAAUCUCUUGGAGUUGGGGGUAUUAAAUUUGUUUCUUGCAGUCCAACAGUCUAUCAGGCCAUGUUGCUAGACUGGAUGAGGAAUCUUGAAGUGGGCAUUCCUACUCUUCUGGAAGACGGAAUCAAGUUGCUCGUAUAUGCUGGGGAAUACGAUCUUAUCUGCAAUUGGCUUGGCAAUUCGAAAUGGGUACAUGCCAUGGAGUGGAGUGGCCAAAAAGGGUUUGGUGAAUCACCUGAGGUUGCUUUCUUGGUUGAUGGGUCUGAAGCUGGAUUGAUGAAGAGCCAUGGGUCUCUCACUUUCAUGAAGGUACAUGAUGCUGGUCACAUGGUUCCCAUGGAUCAACCAAAGGCUGCAUUAGAAAUGCUGAAGAGGUGGAUUGAAGAUUCACUUGAAGCAGACACUAAUAAUAAUAAUGGCAAUGAUUUAGUUUCAUCAAUUUGAUUAGAUUGAAACAUGUUUAUACUAAAAUGAAAUGGAAAUUGUGUUACAACACCGCAUUACAACUAUGUUUGUAAAAGUUAUCGCCCUAUUCCGUAACAUUGGAUGUUUGAACAUUUAAGGAAAUGGAUGUCCCGAUGUUUGAUGA